AUGACGCGGCGGAGAACACAGCCCAACAGCACUGGCAGCAGUGGUGCGGUGUUGCCGCAGCACAGCAGCAGCCGUGACAGCGCUGGCGCUGGCGCUGGCGCAGCAGCGACCACAGGGAGCAUGAAGGUGAGAGCCGUGCUUGCGGCAGCGUUGGUGGUGGCCAGUGGCAUCGCUGCGCUCAGCGAUAACAGUAGUGCAGAUGCGCCACCAGCGCAGACAGCAUCAUUGACGGCGGACCGCUGGCAGUGGGCACACGUUGACAUUGGGCUGGCCUCGCUUGCCCUCUGCAUCACGGUCAUCCAACGCGCACGCACCGGCAACAACAAGGCGCUGCUGGCUGUUCGUGAUGGGCUGACGGCAUGCACGGAAUUUGCGGCGAUGCUGGGCUGUUGUGUAGUGCUUGGCAUCUUGGCCGGUGUCUACAUCACAGAAGAUGGCCUGUCUGGAUUGCUGCACUGGUCGAUUGUGACUGCCGUACUGUCAUCGGAGUCUGCAGGCGUCAUCUACAGCUCCCCCGCCGGCGUCAACUCCUUCUUCACACACAGGUGUUCUUCUGUACACACUGUGGAGGGACGCAACGACUGCCCGCACGUGUUCGCCUCCAUGUGUCCGUCCUCGUCGCCAUGGCCGCAUGUGCCACUCUCGCAUCACGCAUCCCUCGUCCUCGAUUGGCAGCAACCCUGGCAGAUGUGGCCGCGCCCUUCUCUCUUCGGGUCCUGUAUUGGGUUCCUUCUGGGCCUUUUGCUGGCGUCAAGAAGAUAG